GCUUCCUUCAUAAUCUGUAUUUUCUGAGGCAAGCUGACAUUGUGUAUUCAAAGCUUGAAUAUGGAUACAACAAAUUUGUGACUGUGAGUAUUGAAACUUUUUGAACAUUCUGAUUUCGGCAAACCAAUGCUGAACACAUCGUGGCACGCCCAGACAAAUGUUGACAGUGACGAAAAGUACAGGUGAAGACUCCAUUUAUCUACUUGGUGCAGACAUGACAAGUAAGGCUGUCCAUUUCAUCCUGCCAUUCCUCCUUAUGUCCUCACUAUUGGCGGAGUUGAUUACUCAGGGAUCGUGGAGAAAGGUCACCUCCCAACGUCCCCCGGAAUCUGGACUUUGGCGUGUGUACCAUGGCAAGGGGGUUAUUCAGUGGGGCGUGCUGUGUGGUCAAGAUGACCAUUGUAACAGCUUCCAGAACACCUUCUUUACCAGGGUGUGUUCAGGGUUUCUUGGCCGAGUCCGUGCUCAUGGCGUCACUGAAAGAAGAAAACACAGUGUUCACAUGCCUUGUCCAGAAGACGAAGGAUAUAAGCUGCACAGAACAAGGUCGGGGAUUCCUUUGUGCUGGAAAGACUUCAUGUAUAAAAUUAUGUGGAAAAAGGCAAGAGGACGUUGUCAUGCUGACGGGGCGGAACUCAUUAUUGCAGACACUCAGGAAAAGGUUGAUUUUCUAUUUCAGCAUGUGAAGGAACUCAAUCGCGGAAUAGAUUAUUCUACAUGGAUCGGGUUGGUGAAAGAGGAACAUGACGGGAAGAUAACGUACAGGUGGCUCAACAACUCGACAGACAUCGCAUGGGGUUACCGUGAACCGGACAUCCAUGAUAACCAAGAAUGUGGUGAAAUUGACAGCGAUGGAGUAAGCGAUAUGCAGUGCUAUAAACAUAGGAAGUACAUCUGUGAGAAGAACUAACACACAAGAGGGCGCUGUCACUGGGUCGUAAAAUUAUUCCUACUCUCUCCCCCUGGUGUUUUCUGCUCCACUAACAAGUCAACAGUGUUCUAAAUGUCUAAAUGUACUGUAACCGGGGGCGCUAAGGAAUGACACAGGUUGUGUUUACAGGAGAAUACUAACUCCUCUUUAUUUUUUCAUAACGGUAAAUCAUUCUGAAAGUCAC